AUGAUAUUCAAGUAUUUGGAAAAAUCAACUUCAGGAAAAGAAUUUCCAUCACGUUAUGCCUACAAGUACUUGGAGAGGGGCAUGAAAAUUGUUGGAUGGUUGCCGCCAGCUAGAGAUUCGACUUGUUACUGGAUCUACAUGAUCUGGAGUGGGAUAGUAUUGUUUACCAUGGUUCUAUAUUUACCACCUGCAAUCUUCGGGAGUUACAUUAUUGACUUCGAGAGUUUUACGCCGGGAGAUUUUCUAACCUCGGUGCAAGUGGCAUUUAAUGCCGCAUGCCUCGCACUGAAGAUACUCGUGUUGUUGCCACAAAUGCAACUCUUCCGGCAGGCCAAAGAAUUGCUCGAUGUGAUGGACAAGCGUUGUGUGCGGCAAGAGGAUCGCAUUGAAGUGCACCGAUGUGUAAUACUCUGCAAUUACACCUAUAUGAUCUAUCAGGGUGUCUACUCAUCCUAUGCCACACUGACCUAUCUCAGCUCGGCGAUAACGGGUACACCUCCUUGGGGAUUCUAUCUGCCCUUUGUGGAUUAUCGUGAUGGCAUUCGUAGCUUUUGGGUGGCAUCUACUGUGGAAUACAUUAUUGGCUCUUGUGCUGUGUUUUGUGAUCAAAUGAUUGAUCUCUUUCCUGUGAUUUUUGGAGUUUUGCUGAGAACCCAUUUGAAGCUGUUGAUUAAGCGUGUUGAAAGAUUACGCACAGCUGAGGCAGAAACUGAAGAACAGAGUCACGAAGAGUUGGUUCAUUGCAUUAAGGAUCAUAAACUAUUAUUAGAAUUCUGUGAUGUAUUUCGACCCAUUAUAUCUGGCACCAUUUUUGCUCAGUUUCUGGUCAUUGGCUUGGGUCUGGGUUUAUCCAUGAUGAAUCUGCUCUUCUUCUCGAAUCUGUUGACGGGCUUGGCAACCUCGGCAUUUAUAGUUGUGCUAAUGAUUGAAACAUUUCCGUUCUGUUAUGUCUGUGAAUUGAUUGACGAAGAUUGCAAUAUGCUGACUACGGCCAUAUUCCAUUCAAAUUGGCUGGAUGCCAAUAAACGCUAUAAAUCGACGCUUGUUUAUUUCUUGCAUCAGACUCAGCAGUCGAUUAAAUUUAUAGCCGGCGGCAUUUUUCCCAUUUCCAUGAAAACCAACAUUGAAGUAGCCAAGUUGGCUUUCACAGUGGUAACGUUCGUCAAGCAGAUGAAUAUUGUGGAGAAACUAGUAAAGGAUUAA